CUAUACUUCUCCCUACAAGUGUUAAGUUUUCUUUUGCACUUUGUCAGCCAUGGCUAAAACCGUAAUAACAACUCUUUUCUUAGCCCUGUUUUCGUCUUUAUCCUAUGCAAUUGACAUAAAUAAGGAGGGAAUUAUAUACGAAAAGUGGCUGGCAGAGCAUGGGAAAGUAUAUAAUGCCUUAGGAGAGAAGGAGAAACGAUUUGAGAUUUUUAAAGAUAAUUUGAGGUUCAUUGAGGAAUAUAACAACUCCGAAAAUCGCACGUAUAAGGUUGGGUUGAACCAAUUUGCUGAUCUCACAAACGAGGAGUACCGGGCCAUGUAUUUGGGCACUAGAAGUGACGCUAGGCGUCGCCUUGUGAAGUCCAAAAACACAAGCCAACGCUAUGCUUCGCGGCCCAAUGAGUUGCUCCCUCAUUCCGUCGAUUGGAGGAAGAAAGGCGCUGUUGCUCCUAUCAAGAAUCAAGGGAGUUGUGGAAGUUGCUGGGCUUUUUCAACAGUAGCAGCAGUAGAAGGCAUAAACCAAAUCGUAACAGGGGAAAUGAUCACACUAUCAGAGCAAGAACUUGUAGAUUGUGACAGAGCUCAAAACGUUGGUUGUAAUGGUGGCCUAAUGGACUAUGCCUUCGAGUUCAUCAUCUCCAAUGGUGGCAUGGACACUGAAAAUCACUAUCCUUAUCGCGGCGUUGAUGGCAGAUGCGAUCCUAUUCGAAAAAAUUCUAAGGUUGUUAGUAUUGAUGAUUAUGAAGACGUGCCUAGAAAUGAAAAAGCACUUCAAAAAGCUGUAGCUCAUCAACCUGUUAGCGUAGCCAUCGAAGCUUCUGGCAGGGCCUUCCAACUCUACACCUCGGGCGUGUUUACGGGGGAAUGUGGAGAGAAAGUAGACCAUGGUGUUGUGGUCGUUGGGUACGGAAGUGAAGAUGGAAAGGAUUAUUGGUUAGUGAGGAACUCAUGGGGCACAAAGUGGGGAGAAAGUGGUUAUGUUAAAAUGGAGCGUAAUGUGAAGAAUGGUCAUUUGGGCAAGUGUGGAAUUAUGACGGAGGCUUCAUAUCCUAUUAAGGAGGCCAUAAAUAUUAGCAGUAUCUGA